UAAAUAGCCAGAGGCAAAUUUCAAACGGAUUAUCUGAAGGUAACAUAGAAGAGUUUGGCAGGAUAGUAGUUGGACGCUAUAAAUUGACAUGUGUCUUUUUAUUUUAGCAGUAAAUGUACUUACUUAAAGAAACAGUGGACGGGUUUUUGAUUUGACCUAGAUUUGCAUUGUUUCCAGAGGGAUUCCUCAGGUUAUGUACAGGUUAACUGGCUAAUCCAACGAGAUAACUAGUUAAAUCCGUGGUUGCUAAUCCUUUUCAGACACGUAUCCUUUGAACACCGUUAAAAAUAGUAGGAGGAGUGUCCUACUGCAACGACCGUUACGAUAACAACGACAAAGUAAUCACAACUCGAAAGUUUUUUUUUAGUUGGACAUGUUUGAGACUGAAUACAAACUCAUUUAUUUUCCGUAAACUGAUAGCCUACUAGUUUCGUCUGAAAGAAUGCGGACUAAACUUGAAGUGGUGAAACGGAAACGUGACGAGGCUGCUGGUGAAUGUGAAAGGGUCACUUCUUGCUCAGCAGCAGAAACAUUAGGUGCCAGUGUGCCGCUCCUCAGGGCAUGAAACUUCUACCCAAGUUUGCACCGAGGAAGGAAACGACGACAUGGCACUCUGCGGAAGAAGGCACCGACCAACGAUACUUUUCUCCCUCUUGAGUGUCACUUUAGUGGGAUAUCUAGUGUUUUUCAGGCACAACUCAGUGGACGUGAGUGUGACAAACCGUCGAGAGCCCCCCGGGGAGCGAGAGGUGGGGAACGAAGAGCUAAAGAAACCCGUCUACGAGAGGCCCCCCAUGGAUUUAUUAGCCUUGGGUGAAAUGGGGAGAGCCGUCAAGCUGAAUCUGAACGGAGAGGAGAAGAGAAAAGAGGAAGAAAGCAUACAAAAACAUCAGAUAAACACUUAUGUCAGUGAUAAAGUGUCGCUACACCGCAGUUUGCCAGAGAGAUGGAACCCACUUUGCAAAGAGGUGGAGUAUGACUACAGGUCCCUGCCAACAACCUCCGUUGUCAUCACCUUCUACAACGAGGCCUGGUCCACCCUGUUGAGGACGGUCCACAGCGUCCUGGAGACGUCUCCGGACAUCCUGCUGAAAGAGGUGGUGCUGGUGGACGACUACAGUGACAGAGCUCAUCUGAAGGGGCCAUUGGAGCAGCACAUCUCAGGUUUGAGGAAGGUGCGUUUGAUCCGGGCCACCAAGAGGGAGGGGUUGGUGCGUGCCCGGUUGCUCGGGGCAUCCAUUACCACGGGUGAUGUGCUGACCUUCCUGGACUGUCACUGCGAGUGUCAUGACGGCUGGUUAGAGCCUCUGCUUCACAGGAUCAAAGAGGAGCCUUCGGCGGUGGUGUGUCCUGUCAUUGAUGUGAUCGACUGGAACACUUUCCAGUAUUUAGGGAACUCUGGUGAACCUCAGAUUGGAGGCUUUGAUUGGCGGUUGGUCUUUACCUGGCACACUGUCCCAGAAUAUGAACAGAAACGCCGUCGAUCGCCUAUUGAUGUCAUCAGGUCUCCUACUAUGGCAGGUGGUCUGUUUGCUGUGAGCAAGAACUACUUCCAUUACCUGGGAACAUACGACACAGGCAUGGAGGUGUGGGGAGGGGAGAACCUGGAGUUCUCCUUCAGGAUUUGGCAGUGUGGAGGCAGCCUGGAGGUCCACCCAUGCUCCCAUGUGGGCCACGUGUUCCCUAAAAAGGCCCCCUACUCACGCAGCAAAGCUCUGGCAAACAGUGUGAGAGCCGCUGAGGUCUGGAUGGAUGAAUUCAAAGACGUCUACUACCAUCGAAACCCCCACGCACGACUGGAGGCCUUUGGAGAUGUGACAGCGCGGAGGAAGCUCAGAGAGAAGCUGGGCUGUAAGAACUUCAGGUGGUAUCUGGAUAAUAUAUACCCCGAUAUUCACGUCCCAGAGGAUAAGCCGGGCAUGUUUGGAAUGCUGAAGAGCCGCGGCAAAUCCAACUACUGUUUCGACUACAACCCUUCAGACGAGCACAACGUGGUGGGACAAAGAGUCAUCCUGUACCAGUGUCACGGCAUGGGGCAGAACCAGUUCUUUGAGUACUCCACAGAGGGUGAGAUCCGCUACAACACCAGGGAGCCUGCUGGGUGUGUUGUGGGUGACCCCAUCAGCACCUACCUGACCCUCCAGCUGUGUCGGAAGCGAGGACAACCCAUGCCUCAAGACCAGAAGUUUGUCCUCCGGGAGGACGGUAGCCUGUACCAUGAGCUGAGCCAGAAGUGUGUGCAGGCGGUAGACAAGACAGAAAACGGGACCCCAGCCCCCUCUCUCCAGCCCUGCUCCGACAGCCCGCACCAGAAGUGGUUCUUUGAGGAGAGAAUGUAAUUGUAUCAAACUAGCCGAUACUUAUAUUUUUCAUUCAGGGCUGAUAUCCUGUGGAGGGAUAUGUUUUCCACACAUUGUUGUGCCAGCUGGACUCAAUGGACCAAUUAGAAAUGAUACCGACAAGUACUUACUUUAAUGACUUUGUAAAUAUAUAGGGGGAUAUUUUUUCUAGGAUGCUGUUGCUGGGAGACAGGGGCCAACUGAAAUAUGCAUAGUUUUUUCUAAUCAAGAAGGCACUUGACAAUUAUUGAGAACCUGCAAUUUUACAUGCUGAUAUUUUUCAUUUUUUUCUCCUUUGCACACGUCUCUAGUGGGGCGAUCUUUUAGCUCAACUUAGCACUUGCUUCACGCACACAUGGACACUGAAACGUCUGUGUGUCGGUCUUAAUGAAAAUAAUAGUUUUACACCUCUUUUAACAAACUCAAAGCCCCUCAUGUGCUAGUGGCUGACAUUUGCAGAGCCGCAUCAUGAGGCAUUUUCAAAAUGUUUCAACUUCUCCUGUAGAGGGGGCCAACGCUCCUCUCUGCAAGUUCCUCUCUUUCACUGUUUUCUCUCUUGUAGAGAGAAAGUUGGAGAAAUAUUCAGGUAUUUCGUUCUCUUACACACAGUGGCUUAGGAAAAGCCUUAAAGGGGACCUAUCAUGCAAAAUGCACUUUUGAUGUCUUUUAUACAUAAAUAUGUGCCCCCGGCAUGUCAGGGAACUCACAAAGUGUCAGAAAAUAAAACCCUCUCUCUUUUCCUCCGUGCGCAAAUCUCUGAAAAACGGGGCGACAACGAGCUGAUCUAGAUUUGCCAUCCGAUAUGACGUUAUUUACGUCAUAUCGGAUGGCACCCACGUGGUGGACCUACGGCCCUAUCAGAAAGUUGCUAUCAGAAUCAAGGCCCUUGUUUACAUUAGCAAGCAUCGCUAACACUCAGAGCUAACCAGUACUGGAGAGAGCACAUGUGUGAAGAAGCAGGAAAUAAAAAGGAACUCACCUUGUGGUAAACCGGCAAGAGAGAAAGCCUUUGAGCUCCAUACUGUUUCAGAAAUAAUCCUUGAUGUGGUUUUGGCAGCAUUUAUUUUAGACAGUAUCUGCCGGGUCCCGCAUGAGCAGACAUAAGCUCCGCCCCCUCUUUUUAAUUUUAAAAAAAGCUUUAUACCCCGAAUCAGCACUUUAGUAACAGGAAGUGAAAUGGAGGGAUAUGAGGCAUGGCUAGAAUGGGUGAUCUGUUUGGUAUUUUGAGUAAAACACUUCAUAGACAUGUUUUUUAUAAAUUGUUAUAUAUCUUGAGACCUAUACUAUUGCCUAAAUAUUUCAUGAUACUGUAGGUGACCUUUCAAUCACAGGCAUUAUGCAAGUACCCAGUACUUCCUUAACUUAAUCACCUAACUACUGAUAACAGGAGACUCCAAGUCAUUUUGCUUUUCAAAUGAAACUUUGAGGUAAAAUGAAAUUCGUCAUUCGGGAGGUUUUGGCUUCCUUGUUUUCAACGUAAUGUACUUGCCUCUGUCAUGUGGUCUUUAAAUGAUUUGCAGCUUCAAAAGACUAAAUCAUAGCCAUAUUUUCUGUCAUGUCGUGUCAACUAUGUUUAUUUAAAAUAUUUAAUUUCUACAUAAAACUAAAUACUUUAAUUAUAAAUAUGUGGGAAUGUAUUCACUUAAUGAUCAUAAGUGCAAAUUGCAAUAAUAACAUCCUCUUUCCCAUCUUAACUUCACACUUGAAGCCCAUAGAGUGCCUUAAUGUAAAACAAACUGUAAUUAUAAUUUAAGAUAUGACUUGCGGAGGAUACUUUUGUACUGACUCUAAAUUAUGUCUCAGAUAUAAUGAGUACGGAAGGAAGAAUUGUUACAAAGCUGCUUACCAAAAGUAUGUAUGCUCCUACAGCACACACAGGGACGAUGUUUUCCCCCUUUUAGUGCACAGGUGUGACUGGUAGUUGUACUGAUUUGUGCACACUGCCUCCUGCUUCCAUCGGUAAGAACCAGACGGCUAUAGAUCUCCCUGUUGUUGCGGUCACUUGUGUGGCUCUCCCUCAGGCGAUGCAGAGGGACCGAGGGAAACACAGCGGAGGAGGAGGACACAGUUGUUGGUUGUCUCCGGAGCGCCGGGCUGCCAGAUGGCUUCCUGAUUGAUUUUCUGGUCCUCUCCCAAUUCUUUAUCACCAGCUCUCCCUCUCCGUGUCGGAGGUGUGCAGCGGACGACUUAUCUUUUGGACUCGCGCCAGCCCAAUCCUCCUCAGAUGACCACUUGUUACUCGUCUGCUUGAGAUUUGAUUUAUGAAUGGAAGCCAUCAAGAGUACAGUUUUUUGGCAGCAGGAGCAGAUAAUGGAGGAGCCUGAAUGAAGCAAUUUGUGACCUCUUCCUUACCAUUAACCUUCACAAGCUGCUGGCCCCUUGCUCUCAAAGGAGCUUUGUUAGAAAACUAUCCAACUGAAACAUGAAUGUAAACUCCAAGAAGGAUAAAUAGAAGAUGGAAAAACACAAUUUUGCCAGUCCCACAGUGGAAUCAGAAUCUUUUCAUUUGCCAAAUAUUAUGAUUGUACAAUGAUGUGCAUGAACAUCGUAACAUCUGUGCGUAUGAGCUCAUAUACAAGCUUAAAGGGACAGCGCAAGAUGUGCUUUACUGUAUUUCACUCUCUUACUGCUCUGAACAUAUAUUUAGUGCAGUGUGCAGGACAUUGUGUCAUGUGAUAGCUGAACUCUGUAGGAUAAAAGGCACACAAGACAAUAUUGAAAGACGGACGUAAUUUGUGGGGUUGAAGUUCCCAGUAAUCCAUAAAAGCUUUUGCGGGCUUGUGAGUGCUACACGAGUGUGCAGAUAAGUGGAAUUGACCAAAUGACUGUAGGAAGAUUAUAGCCAGCUCCAUAGAGGGAAGGAGUUGGGCAGCUGUCUCGGCAUUGUAUAAAUAUUUUUGGUGAUAAAACUUGAUCUCAUAUUAACAGAAGAGUAUCACAUGCUCAGAAAAGUUUUAACAGGUGGUUCUUUAGGUGUCCACGGGCUCUAGCAAGACCCUGAUAUGAUUUAAGACUUUAAAAAAGCUGCUUCAUGAGUAUUAACCAUCACAGAUUGGAUCAAACAGGAACAGGAGAGAUCACCCUUUUUAUGUGCUCAUGCUUUAUGUAUUGAACACUUAAGAAGUGACAGCUUUUCCAUUCCUAUCAGUUUGUGUCUUUAGCCAGUGAGUGCAGUAUAAAUAUUCUGUCUGUUAUUAAAAGGGUUAUUUAUUGUCCCCUGUGACCAUCUGUUAUGCCAGACAUGUCCUCCAUAGUCAAAUACAAUUUACGCUGCCGUUAUAUUGUAUGCUAAUUUGAUACGGGACACUUGGCUGCAAUAAAACUGAUAUUCUCCAGUCGAGGAUCAUAUCUCUCUGGCAGGUCAUAUAGUGCUUUUAUAUCAACUAAGCCCAGGUCGUAAACAGUUGUGACUUCCCAUGGAUCUGUGGAGCAUUUGAACCUGUAAAGUAGCUGAUUAUCACCCAGCACUAAUGGACCGUGCAGUGCUGCUUUCCACUACCAUGAACAUAUCUUCUGUUUAUAAUGAUACAAUUCCCACUGGAGACAUUUCAGUUGUGGUAAAAAUGCACAAAUAAUAAUGUUGGAAUUCAACACCGUGACUGGUGUAAUAAAGCUGUCGGUAACUCAAGCGGCCUUAUGUUGUAAAAAAGGAAGAGAAGGAUGUGAUUAACAAUAUUUUUGUGAUAAAUAAAGCAAUAAACUGACCAUA